UUGUAUGGGUUUGUAUUUGAGUUUUAUGGCGUUUUUAGUUCUUUCGCUUUCGUUCUAUUGGUUAAAGUGAUACGACUCCUUAUUUUGACAUUUAGUUAUUAUAGGCUCAUCAGCAUGUCGCUGAUCAUUCCGGAGAAAUUUCAACACAUUCAUCGUGUUAUGAACACAAACAUUGACGGUAAUCGUAAAGUUCCUUACGCUCUCACUGCUAUCAAGGGUGUUGGUCGUCGUUUUGCGUUUGUGUGCUGUCGCAAGGCAGAUAUCGAUGUGUCCAAACGUGCCGGAGAGCUGUCCGAGGAUGAUUUUGAGAAGAUUGUCACAAUUAUGCAGAACCCAUCCCAGUACAAAAUUCCGAACUGGUUCCUGAAUAGACAGAAGGACAUUAAGGACGGGAAAUAUUCUCAGCUUCUAUCUACUGGUGUGGAUAACAAGCUUCGUGAAGAUCUCGAACGUUUGAAGAAGAUCAGGCUGCACAGAGGUCUUCGUCAUUUUUGGGGACUUCGAGUGAGAGGUCAACACACUAAAACCACCGGGCGUAAGGGACGCACCGUCGGUGUCUCAAAGAAGAAAGGAGGUUAA